AUGAGCAGCUUUGCAAGGCGCAACGAAGGGAAUGAUACCUAUCUCGUGAAUCAUCAAAUGGCAGUGCCGGGCUCAUAUAGCCAACAAGAGAAUCAUGACCUUACACAUGGUUCCUCAUAUCCCUUCCCUCAACAUUCGUUCAACCCCUACGGGUCUCAGUUUGGGCAACCUUACGGUCCACAAUCAAGCUUGCAACAUCUACAGUACUCGUCAGAACAUUCCAUUCCAUCAAUGACAACCCAGGAGGAUCCCAGAAUUCAUGCCCCACAAUACAUGCCCCAGACGCGCUAUCUUCAGGCGCCAAGAUACCUACCUCUUCGCGAUCCAUCGCUCAGCGAGGCAGAGAUUGAACAUCAAGAGUCUCGCAAUGAGAUAUCCAAGCUCUCAGAGCCUGUGAUUCCCGCCCUUGACGGCUUUCCCGAUGUUAAGGAAUUUGACCAGUUGAUGCAGAACUAUGUCAAUGAUCUUUCUGUCAAGAAACAAGACAAGGCAUUGAUUCAUGCUAAAAGAGCCCGUAACAUUAGGACCGUUUUGAUUGAUCCAAAGGAUACAGCGGUAGAGUCGGCGCAAUUCAGGUUCUGGGUUAAGAAAAUGUUCAAGUUGCAGGCCAUGGGGACUGGAACGCCCGAUUGCAGAAAGAUGAUCUGCCACGAGGGGAAGCCAGUUGCGAUUCGAGAGAAAUUGUUCAAAAUCCUCACCAAGGCACAUCAGCAAUGCCAGCAUGGUGGCCGCGACAAGACCUCUGCCCAGGUCCGGCGAAUCUAUUCAUGGGUUCCGAAAGAACUGAUCUCCCGCUUUGUCAAGAUCUGUCCAACCUGUCAAGUGCGCCGUGGAGGUUCACGAUUGACACCACCAAAUUCACGAAGAAGUUCCCCGCGACUGGAAAUUGUCCCUCGAUCCCCCAAACUCCCGUCACCUUCGGUUUCACGGCGAGAGUCCACUUUUGGCCAAAUGCCCAUGGAAAGAACACAGUCUGACUAUUUCAGCCAUCUACAGGGCCAGAACAGUUGGCUUGAUACCCAAAGUGUGCAGGGCCGUUCAACCCUGGGCAACGGAGGACGGUCGUUCCAGCCCAUGGGCACCAUUUCGCACUCAAUGGCCGGCACGCUGGACCCUUACACCACUGAUCUAUCAAUUCCUCCUUCGCAUUUGACCUAUACCACGGGAUACAUUCCGACACAUGGAGCCCCUCCCCCGCGAGAGUUCUAA